AUACCAAGCUUCCUCUUAAACUCAAUCCUCACAGCUCAACAAAUUUCUCACACCCAAUUCUCUCAAUUCCCAGAAAAUUUUCACCAUUUUCUCCCUUUUUUCUUGUGGUACUAAUGGCUGCAAAUGGCGUUGCCUCUGCCUUCGGCGGUGAAAAGGAGCCCUUUUGUGAAUCUUUUGUGUCAUGCCCACCACACUGGAAGAAGGCUGCAGAGUCUCUCCAAUGUGCUCAUUUUGAUGAAGUCACUCAAAUGGUGUCCCAGUUUGCCAAUGCUAAAACCGUUGACAUCCAAGGCACCACUCUCACUGUUGCUCAGGUCACUGCCGUUGCUCGUCGGGUUGAAGUAAAAGUUUGCCUCGAUGAGGCUGCUGCUCGUGAUCGAGUGGCUAAGAGUGCUGAUUGGGUUGCAGUGAAUAUCUCUCGUGGGACUGAUACUUAUGGUGUUACUACUGGCUUUGGUGCCACUUCUCAUAGGCGUACCAGUAAAACUGGUGACCUUCAGACAGAGCUCAUUCGAUUCCUCAAUGCUGGAGUUAUUGGCAAAGAGAAUCUUCCGACAAGUUAUUCAAAAGCAGCUAUGCUUGUCAGAACCAACACAUUAAUGCAAGGCUAUUCUGGUAUUCGGUGGGAGAUUCUUGAAUCCAUUGCCAAGCUCAUGAAUGAAAAUUUGAUCCCUAAACUGCCUCUGAGAGGGACAAUCACAGCUUCAGGCGACCUCGUGCCAUUAUCUUAUAUCGCCGGCUUGUUAACUGGACGUCACAACUCCAAGGUGGAAACCCUUCAAGGGGAAGUGAUUACAGCCAUUGCAGCUUUGAAGAGAGCUGGAAUUCAGGCUCCAUUCGAGCUACAAGCGAAGGAAGGCUUGGCUCUUGUGAAUGGAACAGCAGUUGGCUCAGCUGUAGCUGCAACUGUUUGUUUUGAUGCCAACGUUUUGGCUCUUCUGGCAGAAAUUCUCUCUGCUUUGUUCUGUGAGGUCAUGCAUGGAAAGCCUGAGUAUACAGAUCCUCUUACUCAUGAACUUAAGCAUCAUCCUGGCCAGAUUGAAGCAGCUGCAAUCAUGAAACAUCUGUUAGAUGAAAGUGACUACAUGAAAGAAGCAAAAAUUCGCCAUGAGAAAGACCCACUUACAAAGCCUAAACAGGACAGAUAUGCAAUUAGAACCUCUCCUCAAUGGCUUGGUCCGCAAAUUGAGGUUAUCCGAGCAGCCACUCAUUCAAUUGAGAGGGAGAUCAAUUCUGUCAAUGAUAAUCCAUUGAUUGAUGUAGCUCGAGACCUUGCCCUUCAUGGAGGAAAUUUCCAAGGAACACCAAUUGGUGUUUCUAUGGACAAUCUCAGGAUUGCCAUUGCAGCAAUUGGAAAGCUUAUGUUUGCUCAGUUUUCUGAACUUGUUUGUGACUAUUACAACAAUGGGUUGCCUUCCAAUUUGAGUGGAGGGCCUAAUCCAAGCUUGGAUUAUGGGUUAAAAGGUGCAGAAAUAGCCAUGGCUUCAUACUGCUCAGAGCUUCAGUACUUGGCAAAUCCUGUAACUACCCAUGUUCAAAGUGCUGAACAACACAAUCAAGAUGUGAAUUCUCUAGGCUUGAUUUCAGCAAGAAAAAGCGCUGAAGCCAUUGAAAUCCUGAAGCUCAUGUCUGCAACUUUCAUGGUGGCACUUUGUCAGGCAAUUGAUCUACGGCAUUUGGAGGAGAACAUGAGGGAAGUUGUGAAACAAGUCCUCCGCCAGAUAGUAAGAAAAACCCUUUACAUUUCUGAAGAUGGAUCGCUGCUCGAAUCGCGUUUCUGCGAGAAAGAACUCUUGCAGGUUAUUGAUCAUCAACCUGUAUUCUCAUAUCUCGACGACCCAACAAAUCCUUCUUAUGCACUUCUGCCAAAACUGCAAGAGGUUCUCGUCAAAAGGGCACUUAAAGAUUCCAAAUCUGAACGUAGGGAUGAAAAUGGCUACUCAGUAUUCAAGAGGAUACCAAUUUUCAUGGAGGAACUGAAAGCAAAACUAGGAGAAGAAGUGUCAAACGCAAGAGAGAGAUUUGAUGGUGGAGAAUUUGCUAUAGCAAACAGGAUCAAGAAAUGCGGGACCUAUCCCAUAUAUGAGUUUGUGAGAAGUGAAGUGGGAACUGAGCUUCUCAGUGGGGAGAAGAAAGUGAGCCCAGGAGAGGAUAUAGAGAAAGUAAAUGAGGCUAUUAAUGAAGGGAAACUUGGAGAUGUUUUGUUGAAGUGCUUAAGAGAUUGGAAAGAGAGAGCUCCUCUGUUUUAAAUUUAUGUAAUCAUAGAAACCUGGCAUUGUUUAUGUUGUAUUGAGAGCCAUGUGCAAAUUUAAACUUCCCUAGUAAUAAGAAUGCUCAAUUUCAUUGCAA